AAAAAGAAGUAUGAUCAGAGAAAAUAUAAUUUAAUAAAUUAUGACUUUCUACUACAUCUGAUAAUAAUAGUAUGAAGCCACACACAUGUUGGCUAUAUAUCCCUUUAUUAUUACUAUUUAAUAUUGUGAUUGAAUCACCCUAUAAUCAAGUGCACUGUUCAUUAAAAAACAACAAUUCUUUAAACUCUAAACUCAAUAAUAUAGCUAAAUUACCAUAUCAUGGUAAUAGUCCUGAAAUAAAAGUUCAUUUUGCUAGCAGAAUUGUUGAAAAUGAAUAUAUUGUUGCAUUUAAAGGCUAUUAUAAACCACAUACACGUGAAAAUUAUAUAAAAGCUGCAUUAAAUUCAUCUGGUAUUCAUAAUUGGAAAAUUUUAUUUCGUAACAACUUAGCUAGCAAUUAUCCAAGUGAUUUUGAUGUUGUUCUCUUGGAAGAAACAGACAGACAUAAUGGUCUUGAUGCUUUAACUGAUCAUCCUCUUAUUAGGAGAGUAACUCCCCAAAGACUUGUAAAAAGAAGUUUAAAAUUUGUCAAUGCAUCAGAAGAUGCAGAAUUUCUAGAAUAUAAAAAUUUCAAAAGAAAAAUUAACAAUUAUAACAAUCAGUUCUGGCAAUCAAAUAAUCGACAUACAUCACGUAGAUUAUUAAGAGCUAUACCAAGACAAAUUACAAGUAUACUUCAAGCUGAUGCUCUAUGGGGCAUGGGUGUUACUGGAAAUGGAGUAAAAGUAGCAAUAUUUGAUACAGGAUUAGCAGCUAGUCAUCCACACUUUAAAAAAAUUAAAGAACGUUCAAAUUGGACAAAUGAAAAAACAUUAGAAGAUGGUUUAGGUCAUGGUACAUUUGUAGCUGGAGUUAUUGCAUCAUCUUGUAUAGAUUGUCUUGGUUUUGCACCAGAUGCUGAACUUCACAUUUUUCGUGUUUUUACUAAUACUCAAGUAUCAUAUACAUCAUGGUUUUUGGAUGCAUUCAAUUAUGCUAUACUUACAAAAGUUACAGUAUUGAAUCUUAGUAUUGGAGGACCAGAUUUUAUGGAUCAUCCAUUUGUCGAUAAAGUAUGGGAAUUAACAGCAAAUGGUGUAAUUAUGGUUUCUGCAAUUGGUAAUGAUGGACCUUUAUAUGGCACUUUAAACAAUCCUGCUGAUCAAAUGGAUGUUAUUGGAGUAGGUGGAAUUAAUUGGGAAGAUCAAAUAGCAAGGUUUUCGUCGCGUGGUAUGACAACAUGGGAAUUACCAUCUGGAUAUGGAAGAGUAAAACCUGAUUUGGUUACAUAUGGUUCAGGAGUACGAGGUUCUGCAUUACAAACAGGUUGUAGAACUUUAUCAGGAACUUCUGUUGCUAGUCCUGUUGUUGCUGGAGCUGUAGCACUUUUAGCCAGUGGGUUUGUACAACCAGAUGGAUCUCAAUCUAUUAAACAAAGAAUAACACCAGCAAGUAUGAAACAAGCAUUACUUAAUUCUGCGCGUCGUUUAUCUGGAGUUGGUAUGUUUGAACAAGGUGCUGGAAAGUUAGAUCUUUUACGAGCAUUUCAUUUUCUACGUUCAUAUACACCAAUUGCUACACUUAGUCCAAGUUAUAUAGAUCUAACUGAAUGUCAAUAUAUGUGGCCAUACUGUACGCAAGCUGUAUAUCAUACUGGUAUGCCUACGAUUGUAAAUAUAACUAUAAUAAAUGGUUUGGGAGUAUCUGGACAUGUAACAGAAUUUAUAUGGCAUCCGUAUACUGGCAAUGGUAAUGGUGAGCGAAUUGAUGUAUCAGUAACUCAUAGUGAUGUUCUUUGGCCAUGGUCUGGAUGGUUAGCAGUUGCUAUAACAGUUCCACCAUCUGCCCGUGGUUGGCAAGGCAUAGCACAAGGUCAUAUAUCUGUUACAAUUGAAUCACCACCAAGUGAUGGAGAAGAAAAAGUAAGACAGUCUAAGAUAGAAUUACCUUUAAAAGCAAAAGUUAUUCCUACACCUCCACGUCAUAAACGUAUUCUAUGGGAUCAAUUUCAUAAUUUACGUUAUCCUCCGGGUUAUUUUCCACGAGACGAUUUACGUGCAAAAAAUGAUCCACUUGAUUGGAAUGGUGAUCAUAUUCAUACAAACUUUAAAGAUAUGUAUCAACAUUUACGUAAUGCUGGUUAUUAUCUAGAGGUACUUGGUGCUCCAUUCACAUGUUUUAAUGCCAAAAAUUAUGGUACCUUACUUAUUGUUGAUAGUGAAGAAGAAUUUUUUCCUGAAGAGGUAGCUAAAUUAAGGAGAGAUGUAGAAGAAGAAGGUCUCUCUGUAGUCAUAUUUGCAGAUUGGUAUAACGUCACUGUUAUGAGAAAAGUUAAAUUUUAUGAUGAAAAUACUCGGCAGUGGUGGAUACCAGAUACAGGAGGUGCAAAUGUACCAGCUUUAAACGAUUUACUAUAUUCUAAUUGGGGGAUUGCAUUUAGCGAUCAAGUACGUAAUGGCCAAUUUACUCUUGGUCAACAUCCACCUGUUAUUUUUGCUUCUGGUACUACAAUUACUCGAUUUCCGAAGGAUGGAGUUAUUCUUUAUGCAGAAUUACAUGACCAAGGACAAGAGCUUUUACUUGAAUCAGAAUCAAAAUCUACAAUGGCAGUGCCAAUUCUUGGACUUCUUCAAACUAAUGGUCAUAUGAAUAUGAAGGAAAUAUAUAAUGAUAAUUAUAGUAACAAUAUAAUAGCUGAAAAAAAAAAUGUGGAAAAAAAUAAUAUAAAAGAUCAAGCUAAUAUUGUACCAGGUAGAAUUGUAGUAUAUGGAGAUUCAAAUUGUAUUGAUGACAGUCAUUUACAAAAACCUUGUUUUUGGAUGCUUGAUGCUAUAUUGGAAUAUACAACAACGGGACAUAUCGCAACUGUUUUUACAGAUGAAAGUCAAACUAAGGCAAAAAUUCUUGAAAAAUCUAGUAUUUUAGACAGUAAUGAAUUACCUCAACGUAUGGAAGGAAGUUAUUUAAAACGUCAUAGUAAAGUGUUACUGUCUGAAAAUACUAAUGCUGGUCAUAUUAGACCACUUCCAUCUUGUCCUAUUAUUAUUCCUGUUAUUCCAAAACCUUUAAAUGAAUCUGUGCCUAUAAAUCUCUAUAAACCUCAAAAAUUAUUAUCUGUUGGAGAUACAAUAAUUGCAAUAAAUCCAGUUUUACAAGAUUCAAGUCCAUUAUGGCUUAGAAGACGCGUUGGUGGUGCAAAUAUUCCUACAUUACAUCACGCGGAACGAAAUAAUAUUGAUGAAUUAAAACAAAAUGAUCAAGAUAACAGUGUAACAUUUACACGUAAGUGGAAUUACAUGGCAGGAAUAAUAAUUAUAGGAAGUAUUUUUUUCUACUUAUUAAAUCGGUGGAAUUGUUUAAUAACAAAACGGCAUUCUCGAAGAAAACGAACAGUCGGUAGAUUACGCAGAGUUAUUCAAACAAUUUCUCUACGCAGAGUGCCUCAAAUGUGACUGUAUUUGACAAAUCUAUAAUUAAUACAAGAUAAUAUUCAAUUAUCUGUCGUAAACGCUUAAAAAAAUAUAACAAACUAUAUUAUGUGCCUUUAAAUAUAUAAUAU